AAGUUUACUGCAAUCUCUGCACGGGGGGAGGGAGAGAGAGGGAGAGAGAGACAGAGAUUACCAACAUGAGAGCAGGUAGAAAGUUUAGGGCAAGAAUCCUUCCAGCUUCAACAACUGGCUUGGUCCCGUGAUGUGUGUAGCCAUGGAGAGUGGAAUAAACCCAUGCACUCUGUGAAAGCAGCCAAAGGAGUUUGGGCAACACAAAAAACCCUCAAAUAUGAUGAAGAACGAAGAAACAAGUUUUAAUAUGGACAGCGCCAGAGUCUCUCCCUUCUCCCACUGCCUGCAGCCUCUGAGCCCCACAAAGCCCCACAGAACAACCCCAUUUGGUGGAGAAUUCAGAUCACAACUCUCAAAUUUCCGCUAUGGCCCUCCUCCUCUUGGAGACAUAGAAACAUUCCAGGGGUCCUUGGAAGGAGGGUCUCGGAAACGCAAGAGCAUGCCAACAAAAAUGCCUCCUGCUGUUGCCCUUGAGGGUUCCUCAUCACCACUAGAUAGACCUGAAGAUAACAAUGACAUAGGCUCUUCCAGUCUGCCCUUGGUGUUCCAACAGCCAGCACAGCCCAAGUACAGUUCCCAGAUGAUAGACCUCUGCAACUUUGGUUUCCAGUUCUACAGAACUCUGGAGCAUUUCGGAGCCAAGCCCAUUAAGCAAGAAGCAGUGAAGCCUAACACGGCAUGGCCCAGUAGCCCAACAUUCAUGCAAUCUCCUUACCCUUAUUAUCCUAAAGUCCACCCUGGCUUAAUGUUCCCUUUUAUUGUGCCACCAAACUUUCAUUUCAGGAACCCCUUUCAACCAAAAAGACCUCCAGAAAUACCCUUCAGAAGGUCUGAAGUAAGAGAAAGUGGUGAAAAUAAGCAGAAAGUGGAAAGAGUUGAUGUCAACCUGCAGAUAGAUGAUAGUUACUAUGUUGAUGUGGGAGGUGAACAGAAACGCUGGCAAUGUCCCAUGUGUGAGAAGUCCUAUACAUCCAAGUACAAUUUGGUCACCCAUAUCUUGGGGCACAGUGGCAUUAAGCCACAUGCUUGCACACGAUGUGGCAAGCUUUUCAAGCAGCUGAGCCACUUGCACACACAUAUGCUGACACACCAGGGCACUCGUCCACACAAGUGCCAGGUAUGUCACAAGGCUUUCACUCAAACCAGUCACCUUAAGAGACACAUGAUGCAGCACAGUGACAUCAAGCCUUACAACUGCAGGAUCUGUGGCAGAGGUUUUGCUUACCCCAGCGAGCUGAAAGCACAUGAGUCUAAGCAUGAGAGUGGACGAGAGAACAUCUGUGUGGAGUGUGGUCUGGACUUCCCAACCCUGGCCCAGCUGAAGAGGCACUUAACAACCCACCGUGGCCCCAUACAGUACAAUUGCACCGAAUGUGAUAAGACCUUCCAGUACCCAAGUCAGCUGCAAAACCACAUGAUGAAGCACAAAGACAUCCGCCCCUACAUCUGCACUGAAUGUGGCAUGGAGUUUGUGCAGCCCCACCACCUCAAACAGCACUCCCUGACUCACAAGGGGGUGAAAGAGCACAAAUGUGGAAUUUGUGGCCGGGAAUUUACUCUGUUGGCCAACAUGAAGCGACAUGUCCUGAUCCACACCAAUAUCAGAGCAUAUCAAUGCCAUUUGUGCUUCAAGAGCUUUGUGCAAAAGCAGACUCUCAAGGCCCAUAUGAUUGUUCACUCUGAUGUUAAACCCUUUAAGUGCAAGCUGUGUGGAAAGGAAUUUAACAGAAUGCACAAUUUAAUGGGACACAUGCACUUGCACUCAGACAGUAAACCUUUCAAGUGCCUCUAUUGUCCCAGCAAAUUCACCUUGAAAGGAAACCUAACCAGACACAUGAAAGUCAAACAUGGAGUCAUGGAAAGAGGAUUUCAUUCUCAAGGUUUUGGAAGAGGAAGAAUUGCUCUGUCCCAGACAAAUGUCUUGAGAAGCUUGGAACAGGAAGAGCCCUUUGAUCUUUCCCAGAAAAGCCAAGGGAAGGGAAUCUCAUUUCAUUCAGAUGGAGAGAGUGCCAAGGGAAGCUCAUGCCAUGAAGAAGAGGAAGACAACUGCUAUGAGGCUGAGCAGUACAGCCCUGCCAUGUACCACCAUGAUGACAGCAAGAUGUACGUGGCUCAAGAUCUGUCUGGCAAACCUGAGUGCAUGAUGAAGGACUUUAGAGAGUCCUACUGCAAAGAAAAGGAAGAAUUGCUGAGUGGGGGAGGACUGGAGAAAAGAAGAGGAAAUUCAGACAAACAGGAGGGCCAAGGAGAGCGAGACCUUGCAAACAGCAAAGAACACCUCAGCUUUAGAUCCUUGGAAAAGGCCAGACUAGGCCACUCUCUCUCUGAUUACUUGUAUUUCAAGCACAGGAACAAAAGUUUAAAAGAAUUGCUAGAAAGAAAAAUGGAAAAGCAAACAAUGCUGAUAGGCAUUUAAAAUGGGCAUUUCAAAAGAUCUGGAAAAUGGGAACCAGAUCAUUUUUACCGUAAGCUAUAAUUUACCAAAACCUGGAAGUUUGUAGUAGUCUUUAGAAAGAAAAGAGCCAAAUUAAUAAAAGUAUUUUAAGGUGGACCACAAACAUUAAAAAAGUAAAAGUAGUCCAAGGUCACUAAGAAAUGCAAUAGAUAGAAACCAAUAACAUUUUUAUGCUUACAUUUUGAUGUACAAGCAGACGAUGGGGUGGGUAUAGAAGUUUAUUUUCUUUUAUCUGGGGUGGUAGAGACAUAUACGUGAUUCUCUAGUUCUCAAAAAAACAGUUUGAUUUAUUAUCUGACUAAAUAUACAUGAACACUUCUAACCAUAUGUCUCAAAAAAACCUGAAAAUACUAAAUAUUCCAUGGUAUAAACCAGAGUACUAUUACGUACUUUGUGUGUGUAAUGUGGAUGUGCACAAAGGUGCUGUCACUUCCAGAACUAACACAGUCCAAAUACUUUAAUUUGCUGAAGUGACUGUUAGUUCUGUAAGUUACAAUGGGAAAUGGGAAACAAAGUAAGAAUAAAAUCUAAUGACUUGUGAGAUAGUGAAGGGCAGCUCUCUGAGGCUUUGCAAGGACUGGAAUUUAUUAUGGUCACAGAACCUUUUUGUCUUGCACAAGAGAUGUUUAUGCCUUGCAAUGUUUCAGUUAGUAUGGGAGCAAUCAGCAGUUCUUCAAGAGAAAUAGCAUGGACUCUGUUGAUAUUUUAUUUUACUGUCUGCUCAGACCAAUAAAUCUAACGAGCAGUAGAAUGUAAAAUCUGCAAGUCUUGCAUGAAGUAAUAUGAGUACUGUAAUUGAGAAAAAGAUGCAAUUUUGCCACUUAUGUCUUCAGUUUAUCUUGGCUAGUGAGGAUAAUUUUGAAAUAUACAGGCAUGAUCAGGUUUUAUUUUAGAAUGUAUACAAAAAAAAGAGCCCUGACAGGGCAAGCUGCACCUCACAGAGGAAAACUGGUUUUGGCUUUCCUCUUACUGGAGACAGAAUUUUUAUCUUAUCAACAUGGCUUGACAAGUAAGCUCGAGGCCUUUAUGAAUAAUUCUACUCACUUUGUUAUUACUGAGUGAUUCCCAGCUUUUCAUCCUCUAAUUCCCGUAUGAUUACAUGUUCAUAACAAAGAUGCAUAUUCCAUUAAGCACAGUCUAUUAAUUGAUGAAUAAUUUCACCACCAUCUGUAUCUUCAAGACAGGUGACAAACAGCCCCAUACCAUCCUUAUAAAGAAAUAAAGACUUAGCCAGUAAUUUAAUUACAUCUAUAUCACUCUAGCAUUCCUCCUCAAACAGUUAAAAUCCAUAUAUACGGCACCUUUUUUUCAAAUAUUACUUCCUUCUGCACUUAUCUAUGAAUUUCUUGAUUUGAAAUGCCUUGCUAUCAUUCUUGCUAUAUCUAUAGCAAGUUAUAAUUAAAUAUAGUCAUAUACUUAAGGCUUUCUAAGGCUAGAGACAAGUAACUGCUUGCUACUUGUCUGCCAUCAUAAAUAAUAACCUAAUGAUGCUCAGACCUACCACUUAAUCAGUGUUCAUAGGGCAGAAGCCCUUAUUUGUCAUAUAAAACUAGCUUUGUGUAGUCUGAGAUUGCAGAGAGUGGUUUCAUUUUUCAGAGCUUAAACAUGACAUAAUGAAUAAUCUGAAUGAAAAGCAGAAAAAGCUAUUGAUAAAGAAGCCAUAACAUAUGGGUGACUCUUCUAAAUGUAAUUAACUACAGCUGAUGUACAUACUUCUUUCAAAUAAAAAGAGUAUACCCUGCUGAAGCUGAAUGUAGGUCACUUCAGGCCUAGAAUUAAUGGUAUCUUUCAAAAUGAGGUGCAUUUCAGACGUAAAUAGCCAUGUUUUUCAGAGAUUAGCUGUUUUAUUACGUACAUUCCGCUUUCUUGCUUCCAUAGCAAGAUAUUGCCUCUUGAAAAAGGAGCCAUUUUCUUUCAAGGAAGACACUGUGAUCAAGCAGAAGAGCACAAUAACUUUCAGAGUAAUGUGUGUAACUGCAUUCUUUCUUAACCCAGAAGGGAAAAGCUGAGCUAGAAAUUCAGCACGGUCUGAGAUUGUCUCUUAGAAAUGGGAGAAAGUCCUUUUGUUACCUUCUUGGUAAUAUCUUUUCUCUGCCAAACAAAGGCUCCAGUUUGAGAACAUGUACAAUCAAGAGCUGGGAGACAUUGACUCUUAGAAGUGUCUCUCUCAAGGUGUUACAUUUUCCACCUGUAUAUGAUUCAAGAUCAGUUCGCUCCACCUUUGCAGCCAUAAUUGUUCCUAUAGUAAGAGGAAUAAGCAAAGAAUCAGGAACUUGGUUGCAAUUUCUAGGAUUUCUAGAUUAUGUGGAUAAAUUGAACUUAACAAGUCCCUUCACUUUUGUGGUGGGUAAAGCAGAAAGGCAUGCAGCUCUUCCUUUGCAAAAUGCUGUUGUCUAUGCAUUGGGGAGUGUUAUGGGACACCUAGACAGUCCUCACCAAGAAAGAGGUAAAUUACAUAUCAACAGCACUUCAGGCAAAUGAAGCAAAGGAGACAUUUACAGCAGAUCUCAUCCCUCAGUAGAUAAUAUCAUAACCACAAAAAUUAUGUCUACUGGAAGUAUUCAGUCCAGAGUUCCCCUAGAAACUAUCUAAGAGAAAGUGCCAGACAUGUUCCUAGGAGGAAAUAACUGCAAACAGUUCUGGGCUGUCUGAAUAGUUAACCCACUUUCAACACCAUCACUGCAACCCAUUUGUCUACUUCUAUAAUCCCACUUCUCCUUAGAGCCAAAGUAACUACCAACCACAUACAUUCAGGUGAAAAGGAGUAGACAUCCCCAGAAUGGCAAUACUAUUUGGGAAUAGUUCAUAAUGUGAAUCCCUUUGAGUGUAUUCUUCCUAGAAAGCUGAGAACAGUCCAUCACAAUGAGGCCUUUGAGACUGUGCCCAGUCAUAGUCACACUAAGCUAAUUCACAAACAUUCAAGCCUAAUUCAUAUUAGAAUAGUAAAGAACUCAUUUAAAACCUUAACUCACCAGUCAGAGGAAUUGCAAACAACAACUAUGGUUGAGGUAAGGAGACAGUGCCAAGUGACCCCAAGCAAAAAGAUUAGGAGAUGAUUGUCCUCCCUUCUGCAGAACAUAAUGGAGCUGGGUCUAAGACACUUGCUACAAAGAGGCCUCUAGGGACAAAUCAGAAGUGAAAUAACAGUCUUUAUUGUGAAGCACCUUGCUUUUCAAACAGAAGUUAUUUUUCACGCUAUUUAUAUUGGCACUGUUUCGGGAACAGACAGUAACAGCCUUUGCUUUUUAAUAGCUUUGAAAAUGCUUUAUAGAAAUUUGCUCUCAUAAUGAAGUUAUUUCCCACUUCUAAUUUUCUAGGGAUUAGCUUCCUUGUUUUGCUUUGAACAGAGGUCCUGCAGGAACGCUGCCUGUGUCCUGGACCUCAGGGGAUAUUUUUUUCUUUUUUUUCUACUUCCUAGUCUGAAUCUAUCUACCUUCUUCUUGCUAUGCUGUUAUAAAAACAACCCCAUGGUUAUCUGUCUCUUCUCUGAUCCAAAAUCUAUUUGGAUUUUCAGCUGGUAACACAUAAAAUUAAACCCUGUCUCCUCUUGGAGAGCACCAAAACAAAUAAGAGUGGCCACAAACUCACACAACUGAGAUGCUUUCCAGACUCAGAGAAGCUGAGAUGCUUCAAGAAGUGAUGCUGAGGAAAAAUAAAUUGGCAAUUUCAUAAUGAGUCUGAGCAAGUGAAGGCAUGUGGUUUGUUAUAAUUAGAGCUUAUCCACUGUUAAGGGCAGAAGGGAAAAUUCUGCAAGAGUAUAAUAGAGUAGGUGGAUGAAAAAUAAAAAAUCUGCCUAGUAAAACCUAAGGGCAAAAAAAUACAACAUGUUUACUGAGAAAGUGAGGUUCUAGGUGACACUGGAAUAAGCUGUUUUGAACCUGGCCACUAGGACUCAGCAAUCUUUUUGUGAACCAGAGCAGUCCAGGCUGCUGGGCAGCCUUCAGUCUGUGAAAGCAAAGACGGGUGCUCUGUGUUAAGCAUCUCAAAGGAUAAAACACUUAAUGACAGUAGUGUAAGAGAAGUCUAUCCUGUGUUUUGUCCUGCAAAGCAAGUUUCUGGAAAGACCAAGUAAUGCUACUGCACCCACCUUUUUUCAACUCUCUGUUGGUUUACCAGCUAUUCUCCAAUUUCUCUCUUCAUGUGGUGCUGCUGAACUCUGCUGUUAUGAGUGUACAAUUAAGAAGUAAUAUAAGUACUAUAUUUAUUAUUUGAAGAAGGUUUUAAUAAUUGUUAACCAUUUUUGGAAAUAAUCAUGCCUGCUUAGCUGGACAAGAUGCAACAGAGCUAACACUUUGUACUCUUAACAGAUUCUGCAAAUAAUGUGGUGUAUAUUUAUUUCAUAUACAACAAUGCAUUCCUAUUUAAAGCCCUGACUCAAAAAAUGGAUCAGCUGUCUGUGAUUAGUUAGUUUCUGUCUUUCUAUCUCAAUAAUACAAGCAUGUACGAUGUAUUGUAUUAAUUUAAGCAAAUAAAUAUGUACUG